CUAAUGAGGUGGCACAGAUAGGCGGCACUGAUGAUGGGUACUGAUAGUCAGCACUGAUAGGUGGCACUUCUGGGAACUGACUGGCACAACUGCUGGGCACUGAUGGGCACAGCACAGGUGGGUGGAACUGGUGGAUGGCACUGCUGGGCACCGAUCAUCAGGGCACUGAUCAUCAGUGCCCUGAUGAUCGGUGCCGAUCCCGCUCUGACAACUGCCGGUUCUCGGAAGUACUUUCCCCAUGUUCUGACAGCAUGAGGAAAGUGCAGCCGAGAACCGGAAAUUGCAUUUCCCUGUGAUCAGCG